AUGCGGGUGCGCCUGGGAGCUCUGGCUGGUGCAGCGGCGCUGAGCGGGGCGCUUAGCUUCGUGCUGCUGGCGGCCGCCAUCGGCACCGACUUCUGGUAUAUCAUCGACACCGAGCGGCUGGAGAGGAGCGGUCCCCGGGCCCAGCACCCACUGGGUCCUGCCAACCGGAGCCAGUUGGAGCCUCUGAGCUCCCACUCCGGGCUCUGGCGGACUUGCCGAGUCCAGAGCUCGUGCACGCCGCUGAUGAACCCUUUCUGGCAGGAGAAUGUGACAAUCAGUGACUUGAGCAGACAACUUCUCGCCAUGCAUGGGACGUUUGUGAUCCUGUUGCCUCUUAGUCUGAUCCUGAUGGUGUUUGGAGGCAUGAUGGGGUUCCUGAGCUUCCUCCUCCGAGCCCACCUGCUCCUGCUGCUCACUGGGAGCCUCUUCCUAUUUGGAGCCAUGGUGACCCUCACUGGGAUCAGCAUCUACAUCGCAUACUCAUCAACUGCCUUCCGUGAGGCGCUGUGUCUUCUGGAGGAGAGGGCUCUGCUGGACCAGGUGGACAUCCGCUUCGGCUGGUCGCUGGCCCUAGGCUGGAUCAGCUUCAUUUCUGAGCUGCUCACUGGGGCAGCCUUCCUAGCAGCUACCCGUGUGCUCAGCCUGAGGCAGAGGCAGGAUCAGGCUAUCUGAGCUUGGUCACUG